AUGUCCGGCGAUGAGGAACCGGUAAUGAAGCGGCCGAGACGCGAGACGGCGCCUGCCAUGACGUUCCCGUACGAACUGGACACCUUCCAGAAGGCGAGCAUCGACGCACUGGAGGACGGCGACAGCGUUCUCGUCUCCGCCCACACUUCCGCUGGUAAAACAACGGUGGCGCUUUACGCUAUUGCCAAGGCACUGCAGGAGAAGAAGCGUGUCAUCUACACAUCCCCCAUCAAGGCACUCAGCAAUCAGAAGUUCCGCGAGUUCUCUGAAAAGUUUGACUCCGUCGGCCUCAUGACAGGUGACACAACCAUCAAGUCAGACUCGGACUGCCUCGUCAUGACAACAGAAAUUCUGCGCAGUAUGCUGUACAGAGGGACGGAGAUGCUCCGUGAGGUGGGCUGCGUCAUCUUUGACGAGGUGCACUACAUGCGCGAUAAGUCGCGUGGUGUGGUGUGGGAGGAGACAAUCAGUCUGUUGCCAGAGGGUUGCCAGUACGUCUUUCUCUCCGCGACGAUCCCCAAUGCGCGGGAGUUCGCAGAUUGGGUGGAAAGCAUCCACCCCGGCACAAAGGUGCAUGUCAUCCACACUGACUACCGUCCAGUGCCACUGCAGCACUACUUGUACCCGUGCGGCGCCGAUGGUAUCUUCCUUAUUGUGGAUGAGCAGAGCAAGUUCCGCGAAGACAACUUCAGGCGGGCCAUGUCGUCCAUGGGGGCUGUGGAUGGCGCAGCGGGCGGCGCUGGUGGUGGUGAGGCCACAAAGGCUGGCGGCCUCACACGCGGGAAGCAAAAGACAUCGAGGAAAGGAACACAGCCCAUCAUGGAGAUCAUCAAGUUGGCUAUGAACCGCAACAUGUACCCAAUAAUUGUCUUUUCCUUCGCCAAGGCAGAGUGCGAGAGGAAUGCACUGGCCCUCUCCAGGCUAAAUUUCAACAGUACCGAAGAAGACGCGCUGGUCACGGAGGUGUUCAACAACGCGAUGGAGUGCCUUGCGGAAGAUGACAGGAAAUUACCGGCGAUUGAGCACCUGCUGCCACUGCUGAAGCGCGGUGUUGGCAUUCACCACUCCGGACUGCUGCCGAUUCUGAAGGAGGUGGUGGAGAUUCUCUUCCAAGCUGGCCUUGUGAAGGUGCUUUUCUCGACCGAGACUUUUUCAAUGGGACUCAACAUGCCUGCUCGCACAGUUGUGUUCACCUCGGUCAAGAAGUUUGACGGCGAGGCGAAUCGCUACCUGACAGGCGGCGAGUAUAUUCAGAUGUCAGGCCGCGCCGGACGUCGUGGACUCGAUCGUGUGGGCGUCGUCAUCGCAAUGGUGGACGAAGCAGUGGAACCAGAGACGCUCAAGAAGCUCACCGGCGGUGGUGCAGAUGUGCUCAACAGCAGCUUCCACCUGACCUACAAUAUGGUACUAAACUUGCUUCGCGUUGAGGACGUCGACCCGGAGUUCAUGAUGCGGCGCAGCUUUGCGCAGUUCCAACGGCUUCGCAACCGCCCGGCACUCGAGCGACGCGCGGAUGCGCUAACAAAGGAGAUCGCGACCAUACACGUUGAGCACGAGGAGGUGCUGCGCCAGUACGCCCUCUGCGAGGAUCUCCUUGCGAAUAUGCGGAAGGAGAUAGGCGACAUUGUGAAGCAGCCGGUGUUUGUAAAAAAAUUCACACACUCCGGCCGCCUCAUCCGCAUCCGCCGCGCGGUGGAUGGCGUGCUGUUCAACUGGGGCAUCUGCCGCGCAUUUAGCGCCAAGACGCCGGACGCCAACGCGAAGGACUCCGCUGCCUUUACGGUAGACGUCUCCGUCAUCUGCCGCAAGGCCGACACGGCGCACCCCACCUCCUUGGUGCCGUGCCAUGUCAAGGACUACACCACAAGUUCUGCAGACCUGUACACUGUGACAUUUGACUUCACAGACAUCGAUGGCAUCGCGCGAUUUCGCGUGAAUCUACCAGCGGAGCCCGACUCUGAAACUGGACGAGCACAAAUUGUGCAAACACUCGCGAAACUUUAUCGUCAGUACGGCGAUGAUGUCGCACCCCUGACGAGUGAAGAGAUGGGUGUGAAUGAUCCGCAGUUUGCGAAGCUGCGCGUUCAGGUGGAGCGGUUAGAGGCCCAGUUAAAGGAGAAUGAGUACGUGCGAAACCCCACGCCUGAGCUGCAGGCUGCCUUUGAGUCUUUUAAACAGCGGGCGGCGCUGGAGAAGGAGUUGCAGGGCAUUCAAGACGAACUUAACCAGGUGUCACGGGCCAUCUUCUCUGAGGAGCUGAAACAGAUGAUGCGUGUGCUGCGUCGGCUGGAUUACAUCGACAAGGACAACAUCAUUCUACGCAAGGCCCGUGUGGCGUGUGAGAUCACUACUACAGACGAGAAUGAAAUUCUUCUUACAGAGCUGUUGUUCAAGGGUAUUCUAAAUUCAAUGGAGACGGAAAUGAUUGUUGCACUCAUGUCGUGCUUGGUGAAUGUGCACCGCACACCUGACGGUUUCACGCUACCAGAGGAGUUCCAGCAGCCCCUGAAGGAACUGAAUGAGGUUGUGAGCCGCAUCUCUACGGUGAGCAUCGAAAGUGGCAUCGUGCAGGAGGGCGUGAGUGUUGAAAAGGCGAUGCCUUCUUUGAUGGAAGUUACAUACAUGUGGGCAAAGGGCGCCAAGUUUGUGGACAUCAUGAGCAAGACAGAUGCGUACGAAGGGGACAUUGUUCGAAUGAUGCGGCGCCUCGAAGAGCAACUGCGACAGCUGGCAGGCGCCGCGCGUUCGCCCGCCAUUGGCAGCAUGGAGUUGCAUGAUAAGUUCCUCCAAGGCAUUCAGAUGAUCAAGAGGGAUAUUGUGUUUGCGUCCUCUCUGUACUUGUAG